AUGCCUCUCACUGGUCACUGCCUUUGCAAAGCCGUCACGUACUCGGCCGACGUGGACGAGCCUGCUAUCACGGCCUAUGAUCAUUGUGAUGACUGCCAGCGUCAGAGUGGCUCGACUUACUCUCUCGUCGCGGUGGUCCCCAAGGCCAAGCUGGCCAUCAACGGCCCCACCAAGACCUGGUCUGGCAAGGGAAGCUCAGGCCACGCCGUUCACCGCGUCUUCUGCUCCGAGUGUGGGUCGCCGAUCGCCCACGACCCCGACGCUGCUCCGGAGAUCAUCGCCCUCAAGGCGGGCACCCUGGACUGGGAGAUCAAGAAGACCCUAAAGCCGACCACCGAGAUUUGGACCGUCAGCAAGCUUCCCUUCUGCCAGGAGCAGCUCGCCCACCCCUUCGAGCAUAUGCCUCAGUAA